AUGUUCUGUAAUUACCCACAUAGAGUGACCCACGAGCAGAGCAUCAAUAAUGGUAUUGAUGUUCCUGGCGCCGUUGGUGUUGAGGAGCUUCAAGGUGUUGACCUCUUUCAAGAUAUCGCUGAAAGUAUCGGCAGCAUCAAGGUCAAGACUAUCCCCUUGAUCAAUACUGAUGAUCUUGAUGGCCACUACGCAUUCAGACUCGGUGUCAGUUGCUUUAUACACACGACCGAAGCUCCCUUUGCCGAUUAG